GAAUUAUUGAGUUCUUGCCAUAGAUUUGCCUUCUCCUCAUGUGACUUAAUUAAACUCUUCCUUUUCCAAGGCUUUGGACUCUUUGACAUUUCUGCCUCACUAACAGAGGAUAAAAUCGAUGAUGUGAUGGACAAGCCACACAAGAAAUACAGAUGUGGACUACAGGCUUCCAAAGAAUUGAACUUGCUGAGGCUCUGUGCCAGACAUUGGAAAUAUCUGAGAUGUUAAGAGGAACUGGUAACAUCUGAACAUAACAAACGAAACAAGCAAACUCUUGCACCAUUACUACCACCACAUUUUACACAAGGAAUGUCACUGUACAUGGUUUCCAAGCAGGCUAAAAAGAAAAAGAGCUGAUUAGACCUCAGACUGCCUACUGAACGUGAUGACGGCCACCGCUGCAGUGGAAACAUCAAAAAUGAAGAAGAGUGCCUCCAAGGAAGAGAAGCAGCAGCCUAAGCAAGACAGCACAGAACAGGGUAAUGCUGAUUCUGAAGAGUGGUUGAGCUCUGAGAGUGACCCUGAACAGAUGAUCCUUAAAAGUAGCAGCAAUGACAACAGUUGCCAACUUGGAAAUGUUCAGUUGAAGAAGAAGGAGAUCCCCUCUAAGCCACACCGCCAGCUAUGUAGAUCACCCUGCCUAGAUCAUCCAAGCUUCUCCCAGAGCAGCAUUCUACAGGAUGGGAAGCUUGACUUGGAAAAAGAAUACCAAGCCAAGAUGGAUUUUGCUUUAAAGCUGGGCUAUGCAGAGGAACAGAUUCAAUCAGUACUGAACAAGCUGGGUCCAGAAUCACUUAUUAAUGAUGUAUUGGCAGAGCUUGUCAGACUUGGGAACAAAGGUGAUUUGGAAGGUCAGGUCAACUUGAGUCUGUUAGUGCCUCGGGGGCCCAGCUGCAGAGAGAUUGCAAGCCCUGAACUGUCUCUUGAAGAUGAAAUAGACAACAGUGACAAUUUAAGGCCAGUUGUCAUAGAUGGAAGUAAUGUGGCAAUGAGCCAUGGGAAUAAAGAAGAGUUCUCCUGCAGAGGAAUACAACUUGCCGUGGAUUGGUUUCUAGAUAAAGGCCAUAAAGAUAUUACUGUAUUUGUGCCUGCAUGGAGAAAGGAGCAAUCCCGCCCUGAUGCACCAAUUACAGAUCAAGAUAUCCUACGUAAACUGGAGAAGGAAAAGAUUCUUGUCUUCACACCAUCCCGCAGGGUCCAGGGCAGGAGAGUUGUUUGCUACGAUGAUCGGUUCAUAGUCAAACUGGCUUUUGAUUCUGAUGGCAUCAUUGUAUCCAAUGAUAACUACCGAGACCUUCAAGUCGAAAAGCCAGAAUGGAAGAAGUUUAUUGAGGAGCGGUUGCUGAUGUAUUCUUUUGUGAAUGACAAAUUUAUGCCUCCAGAUGAUCCUUUAGGACGCCAUGGCCCAAGCCUUGAAAACUUCUUAAGAAAGAGACCUGUUGUUCCUGAGCAUAAGAAGCAACCAUGCCCUUAUGGCAAAAAAUGCACCUACGGCCACAAGUGCAAAUACUACCAUCCAGAGCGGGCCAACCAACCCCAGCGUUCAGUGGCUGAUGAGCUCCGCAUCAGUGCCAAACUGUCCACAGUGAAAACCAUGAGUGAAGGCACCCUAGCCAAGUGUGUCACGGGGCUGUCUAGUGCCAAAGCUGAGAUAACCUCAGAAGUCAAACGUGUGGCCCCCAAGCGCCAGUCAGAGCCCAGCAUCCGGUCCAUGGCUGUGGAGCCUGAGGAAUGGCUGUCCAUUGCCCGUAAGCCUGAGGCCAGCUCUGUCCCCUCACUUGUGACUGCUUUAAGUGUCCCCACAAUCCCACCCACCAAAAGCCAUGCAGUGGGUGCACUCAACACCCGUUCAGCCAGUAGCCCAGUGCCAGGAUCCUCUCAUUUUUCCCACCAGAAGUCCUCGUUGGAACACAUGACCAGCAUGCAGUACCCCCCAAUCCUGGUUACCAACAGCCAUGGGACCCCUAUUAGCUAUGCUGAGCAAUACCCGAAGUUUGAGUCCUUGGGGGACCACGGCUACUAUUCGAUGUUAGGCGACUUCUCCAAAUUGAACAUCAACAGCAUGCAUAAUCGAGAGUACUACAUGGCUGAAGCAGACCGGGGCCUGUAUGCCCGGAAUCCCAACCUCUGUCCUGACAAUCGUAUGAGCCAUACCAGGAAUGACAACUAUUCCUCUUACAACAACCUGUAUUUGGCUGUAGCAGAUGCUCAUCCUGAAGGCAGUUUGAAGCUGCAUCGCUCAGCAUCUCAGAACCAUCUUCAGCCUUUUCCUCAUGGUUACCAUGAAGCCUUAACUCGAGUGCAGAGCUAUGGCCCAGAGGAUUCUAAGCAAAACCCCCACAAGCAGUCAGUCCCCCACUUAGUUCUGCAUGCCCAGCACCCAGCAACUGGAGCACGGUCCAGCUGUCCUGGAGACUAUCCUAUGCCUCCCAACAUUCAUGCUGGGGCAACUACCCAGCCAGGACGUGCUCUGGUGAUGACUCGGAUGGACAGCAUUUCUGAUUCCCGCCUCUAUGAGAGCAACCCCAUGAGGCAAAGACGACCUCCUCUGUGCCGGGAACAACAUGCCAGCUGGGACCCACUGCCCUGUGCAACGGACUCCUAUGGCUACCACUCCUAUCCCUUGAGUAACAACCUCAUGCAACCAUGCUAUGAGCCAGUCAUGGUACGGAGCGUUCCUGAAAAGAUGGAGCAACUUUGGAGGAAUCCUUGGGUUGGAAUGUGCAACGAUUCCAGGGAGUAUAUGAUCCCAGAACACCAGUAUCAGACCUACAAGAACCUCUGCAACAUUUUCCCUUCAAAUAUUGUCCUUGCAGUGAUGGAGAAGAAUCCCCACACUGCAGAUGCCCAGCAACUGGCAGCCUUGAUUGUUUCUAAGCUUAGAGCUGCACGUUGACAUGACAUAGGACUUAUUUCCUUCUAUGGAGAUAAAGAUGAUAUUAAUAAUGCACUAAUACUUUGAGAAUAUUAACUAAUAAUUUUGUGUUGUGCUUUACAAGUUACAGAGUUUAUGUC